AUGGUUUCAAUACCCAAACCUGACAACGAGCAAGCUAGUAACCCGCCUACGCCGACCUCAUAUUUGGAUUCGAGCGACUCGCAAUCAAGCGAGUACACGGACGUUCCGUCAGAAUACUUCGAUUGUUAUAUACUAGGAGGCAGAGCAAUGCCGGCUAAUGUUGCGGGUGCAUCAUGCAUGCCUGUCGAUGACACGGCCCAGAGAUCUUCGCUACUGUUGCACCAACUUUGGAGCGCGAUGAACGAUGGAAAGUUUUACAGCAGCCCCACAAGUCAUCCUCGCCGGGUGAUGGACAUCGGAUCUGGCACUGCACUUGGUCGAUGUGAGACGCGCAUCACCAGGCACUUCGCGAUGCAAAACCAGCGCUCACAGGUCAUCGCCAUAGAUAAAUCCCCUUUCAUGCCACAACACGUCAUACCGAACCUCGAUAUGAUCCGAGAAGACCUGAAUCUGGCUCUCCCUUCUGAGGAGAGCACGACGGAUCUGAUUUUUCUUCGGCAGCUUUGUGGGCUUACCACGGCGGACCUGCGUGACUUUGACAUUCGGGGUCAAAUCAUGCUUCCGCUCUAUGAGGGAUUGGGCUUCACUUUGCCCCAGAUUGAGCUCCUGGCCAUGAGCAUGAGACAGGAUCUAGCGGAGGAUAUGGAGUUUGAAAGUUUUAGUGUUUAUGCACAGAAGCCACCUUAG